CUUAUCUCGGGUACCAGACUUCGCGGCUCAUUGCUCUAGCCAUCUCCCAGCCCCCUGCAGACAACUCCAGGGAAGCAUCGGAAGACUUGAAGCUUCCUUUUCCAAAUGCUUUAUUGUUUGUUCGGGAGCCAAGGGCGACAUCAUUAUUCAUAUUCAUGGGAUAUUAAUUGCUACUGAGAAAGAAGAAGGAGCCAGAAAGCAGCAAGGCAAGCGGGGCGGGGCGAGGCGAGGCGAGAAAGACAGAGAGAAAGAAAAAAAGAAAGAGAGAGAACAAAACGAAGCGAAGCCAAUUUUUCUUCUGUCUACCGGCGCAGAGGGCACGUUAAUGCUUUGCUAGGGCAUCCCUUUUCCACGCCCCGUGGUUCACGGCGAGGAGACCACCGUGAACGCGAGCGGCUGUGUAAGCCUGCGAAAGAGCGGAAGGGAGUCCCCUGGCGGCAGGGCACUGCACUGCAGAGCGCCUCGGGAGGACUCUGAUUCGCCGCCAGUUUCAGGCUAUAGAGGCUGGGAUGCAGCUUAAAGUCUCAUAGCUUUCUUUCCCCCUUCCUUUUUUCCAGCUGAAAUGAUUCGGACAGCGCUCUGGGGCUCUGACACCCAGCCGCUUGUAUUGCAUCGCUUGGCUUCCCCUCCCCUCCCCUUCCCACUUCUCCUCCCCCUUUCUUCCUUUUCUCUCCCUUCCCCCUAAAGAGAUGAUCAGCCAAGGUCUUUCCAGAUAGAUUUUAUCGAAACUUAAAGAGCAGCCAUCGCCGGGCACUUGCUGGCCAAUAAGUCAUUUUUAAUAGAGACAAAUCACUCGGAACGCCCAGGAGGCAAUACCGGUGGCUACUGCUGGUGCCGCUGGCUGCUGCAAAAAGACGCGGGCGGUCCGGACAGCCUCAGGUCUCCUUCCUCUUGCAAGUUUCCUGCCAUCGUGACGUCCCUGGGCGAUUCCCUUCCGAAACCGGCGGCACCUGUUUCCACGGGACCUCUGUCCAUAUCAUGGAGCAACCGCGCCGAGGGGACCCUGUCCGAGCACCCGAGCCCGCGUAGCUGGCUUUGACUGCUGUGCUGAUUUCUUUUCCUAUGGACUAUUGCCAGAGAUCGACAUCUGCUUUCGGACCCCAUAUGCAGCUGAAGCGAGCUGUCCUGGCUCUUUAAAGUAGAUGCCGGGUGGAUCUAUGGUUCUGGCGAAACAGAGAGGGAGCCCGAGCAGCGCGAAGGAAGUUUGAGCCGCGAGGAUGCAGCCCACAUAUUGGUACGCGGUGCUUCUGCUGCAACCUGUGCUGUACCUGGUCACCUGUGCAAAUUUAAGCAGUGGUGGCAAAUCAGAACUUCUAAAAGCAGGCAGUUCCAAAUCCAUACUAAAGCAUAUAUGGACAGAAAGCAGCAAAGACUUAUCAAUCAGCCGGCUGCUGUCACAGACUUUUCGCAGAAAAGAAAAUGAAACAGAUUUGAGUAUGCGGUAUGAUGCUCCCGAAACUUAUUCGGAGCAAGAUUUAUGGGAGUGGCUGAGGAACUCCACGGAUCUUCAAGAGCCUCGAUCCAGAGCAAAGCGACGGCCCAUUGUCAAGACUGGGAAGUUUAAGAAAAUGUUUGGCUGGGGCGAUUUUCAUUCCAAUAUCAAGACAGUCAAGCUAAACCUACUGAUAACUGGGAAAAUAGUUGAUCAUGGCAACGGGACAUUCAGUGUUUACUUUAGGCAUAAUUCAACCGGCCAAGGGAAUGUAUCAGUGAGCUUGGUGCCCCCAACCAAAAUAGUAGAAUUUGACUUGGCACAACAAACAGUGAUUGAUGCCAAAGAUUCCAAGUCCUUCAACUGCCGCAUUGAGUAUGAAAAGGUUGACAAAGCCACCAAGAACACGCUCUGCAACUAUGAUCCUUCUAAAACAUGUUACCAGGAGCAAACCCAAAGUCACGUCUCAUGGCUCUGCUCCAAGCCCUUUAAAGUAAUCUGUAUUUACAUUUCCUUUUAUAGUACAGAUUAUAAACUAGUACAGAAAGUAUGCCCAGAUUACAACUACCAUAGCGACACGCCAUACUUCCCUUCGGGUUGAAGCAGACCAUACAUCUAAGACUGAGGAUCCCAAGGAAUAAAAUAAAUCAAAUCAAAUAAAAGAGGUCAUAUGACAGGGCUAUUACCUCAAAGAAGAAGGCCACAACUUUUGCCCAGAAUGUGUCUACAUUUUGCUGCUGAUAUCAACUGGCUGCAAAUAUGUUAACGGAAGCCAAUCUAAUCAUUUCUGCCCAGUCAGCUCCAUUACAUAUCAGUCCAGUUGUAAAUCACUAUUUUAAAUGAUGCCACAUAUGGUUUCUCUUUCUCUUUCCUUCUUCCUCUUUGCAUCUACAGAGGUACCUCUUAAGAUGACUUUCAUCGUCUGACAUGUUCAGGAUCAUCUGUCAUCAAGCAAAACAGAUUAAUUAGCUAAAGAAUGGUUAUGGAAAUAACCAAUGUUAUGGAAAUCUAAGUCUUGAAUACAUGAUAAUCAGUAAUCCCCAUUCAUGCAUUCCUUCACUUGAAGUAGCUGUACUGGUAAAUAUUACUGUGUAGGAGUAAUUGCUUGUUCAAAACUGGGAUGGGGGUGGGUGGCAGGGGAUAUGUGUGUGUUUAGAGUUCAGUAGUUCUCUUGAUAUGAACACAAUUUAGGAUAGUGACUUUUCUCCAGCACACUGUGGGCACAUUCAAGGUGAUGUUAGGUGGCUCUUAUUCUGCAGGGGGGGCCUAUUGAACAAAUAAAGAUGAGCAAACAUUUGGAAUUUACAUGUUAACAGACCUGAUGAUUUUUUGCGUCCUGAUAGUCAUCACUUCAGACAGAUAGGUUCAACUUGGCAGUCAUCCCCAACUGAGAAGUCCUACAGUCACCAUGUAGGAAAGAAAAAUGCCUGAAAGGCAACCUGUAAGUUGUAAAUGUCUGUCUUAUCUUUAUUACACAAUAUUGUAACAAAUUCAAUAUCCUAGUCCUCAUUUGUAUGAAUGGUUUGUAUUGUACAUAGUUUAACCAGUGUUAUUUCAGCUGCUAAUUAAUAUUAACUUGUAAUUGUCUCUUUCUCUCUCCUCUCUUUCUUCUGCUUAUUAUAGGUUAAAAACAAAACAAGGAAAUGAGGAAUCCAUUUUAUCAAUGUAGCUGUAAACUCCAUUUAAGAAGACAGCAUUCUGUACAAAGCAUAUAUUCAGCUAAAUUAUUGUUGAGAGCUAUACACUUACAACAUUUACAGUCUGUCUGUAUUUAGACUUUUUCUUUCCAGGUGAAAAAUAUUGAAAUGUACAUAAAAAUAAAAUACUGAAAUUCAGUUUCAA